AUGGUCCGUGUCAACGUCCUCGCCGAUGCUCUGAAGUCAAUCAACAAUGCCGAAAGAAAGAAAAAGAGACAGGUCAUGAUCCGGCCGUGCUCAAAAGUCAUUGUGCGAUUUCUUAAAGUGAUGCAGCGCAAGGGCUAUAUUGGCGAGUUUGAAAUUGUGGAUGACCAUCGUUCUGGGAAGAUUGUUGUCCAGCUUAACGGUCGGUUAAACAAGUGUGGUGUCAUAAGUCCACGCUUUAAGAUGAGUGUAAGAGAUACGGAGCACUGGACCCGCAAUCUCCUCCCUUCGCGCCAGUUCGGGUAUGUCGGUCAAUUCUGCCAGGCUAAUUGUCUUCAGCUACCUUGUACUUACCACAAGUGGCGGACUGAUGGACCACGAGGAGGCUCACAAAAAGCACUUAGGAGGUGUUAUUCUUGGCUACUUCUUUUAA